AACCCAAGCAAGAGGGUCUACUUCAUAGAGCAACAAUUUUAUUUUCCAUGGCUUCCCGUGAUGAAGAGCGCCAGCUUCACUUUGUCUUGUUUCCUUUCAUGGCCCAAGGCCACAUGAUCCCAAUGAUGGACUUUGCCAGGCUGUUGGCACAAAGAGGCAUCACCAUCACCAUAGUCACCACCCCGCAUAAUGCCGCCCGUUUUCGAACAGUUGUUACUCGUGCCAUACAAUCUGCGCUCCAAAUCCGGUUGGUCCAACUGAGAUUUCCAUCUGAAGAAGCAGGGUUGCCGGACGGAUGUGAGAACCUUGACAUGCUACCUGCAAUAGGUUCGGCAGAUAAAUUUUUUUUUGCAACUGCCCUGCUACAACAGCCGGCAGAGAAAUUGUUUGAAGAGCUAACUCCCAAGCCAAAUGCAAUAUUCUCUGACGUGUGUUUGCCAUGGACAAUCAGCAUUGCUCAAAAGUUUCACAUUCCAAGGAUAUCAUUCAGUGGAUUCUGUUGCUUUUGCCUCCUUUGCGUCCACAGUUUACAUACAUCCAAGGUUCUUGAGAAUGUAACGUCUGAUUCGGAGUACUUUGUUGUGCCUGACUUCCCCAAUCGAUUCGAGGUUACCAAAGCUCAGUUGCCAGGACCCCUGACUCCAAAUAUGACAGAUUUUUAUGACCAACUUGAAGCAGCCGAGAAGGCAACAUAUGGGAUAAUCAUGAAUACUUUUGAAGAAUUGGAGCCAGCAUAUGUUGAAGCAUACAAGAAGGCGGCUAAAGUCUGGUGUAUAGGCCCGGCUUCGCUAUGCAACAAAGAUGACUUGGAUAAGGCGCAUAGAGGUAACGAGGCCUCCAUUGAUGAACAUCACUGCUUGAAGUGGCUUGACUCAUGGGAACCAAGUUCUGUAGUUUAUGCUUGCCUUGGAAGUUUAUGCAAUCUCAUAACCGACCAGCUGAUAGAGCUUGCAUUGGGUUUAGAGGCAUCAGAAAAACCAUUCAUUUGGGUUGUAAGGGGAUGCAGUCAAUCAGAGGAGUUGGAAAAUUGGAUUUCAGAAACUGGAUUCGAGGAAAGAACGAAAGCAAGGAGCCUUUUGAUUCGGGGUUGGGCGCCGCAAACACUCAUUUUAUCACACCCUGCAGUUGGGGGGUUCUUAACACAUUGUGGUUGGAAUUCGACGUUGGAAGGGAUAUGUGCAGGGCUGCCCUUAGUCACAUGGCCACUGUUCGCAGACCAAUUUCUCAAUGAAAAACUAGUUGUACAAGUUCUUAAAAUUGCUGUGAGUGUUGGGGUGGAAUAUCCAGUAAAGUGGGGAGAGGAAGAGAAGAUUGGGGUAAUGGUGAGAAAGGAAAAUGUGCAGGAAGCCAUAGAGAAAGUGAUGGAUGGAGAAGAAAGACAAGGGAGAACAGAGAGAGCCAGAGAGUUUGGAGAGAUGGCAAAGAAAGCAGUAGCAGAAGGUGGAUCUUCUCACCUUAACAUGACACAGCUAAUCCAAGAUAUCAUGCAACAAGGAAGUAAUUGCAGUGAGAAUUUCAGAAAGUGAGAGAUAAAAGAUAGAUUUCCAACUCCCUUGUUCUUUUUUACCAGACUAACAUAUUGAAUAUCCAUCCUACAAGCUUAAACCAAUUUGUACAGAAUUCCUCUAUUUACUUCUUUUACCUUCUAUGGUAAUAGUAGGCGCUAUUUCAAUGUUCCAUAUUUAGAUGUGUGGGAGAUAUAGGGUUGCGUGGUUCGAUACAA